AUGAAAUUUAUAAUUGUUGAUUAGCUAUCAUGUUUGGCUCACAUUAAGCAUACUACAUAACCAACUCAUUUCUGGUUAAAAUUAUCGAUAUUUGUUAUGUAUUCCUAAUAUAUCGCUUUGUUAUUGCCAAUGCAUGGAUGGAAUUUAUGGGAUUAUAGUGAUGGUCAUUUCAAACUAUUUCAAAUGAUAGCUCAAUCUUAAUUAAUCAUACCAAUUUUUGCAGACUCCUAAAUUGAUUUCAGAAUGACUGCAUUCAUAAUUACUAUUCUGUUACUCAUUGUCAUUAUUCUAAUCAUAUUCACUUUGCUAUUAUUUGGAAUUUACGAUAAUCGAAGCAUUAUUGAACAUCAAUCAAUAAGAAAAUCCAUCUUCUAUUUCUUACAAAUCACAGGAACAGUAUUUCAAUUACCCAUUUUAUUUUUAUUAGUGUCGCAAAUCUUAAAUGGUCCAGAAACUCUUAAUUUUUAAAAUACACUUCUUGGAAUACAGAGUAUCAUUAACUUUUUAACUUUAAUUUUAUUCACAAUCAUUAUAUUCUUUUCCUAAUAUUUCUUAAGAGCUUACACAUUCAUUCCAAGCAACUACAUCCAAUCAAAGUUUAAUGGCUUUCAACCCUUACAUUAUGUUUUGCAGGUAAUUAUGGCUGUAUUUUAUUUUGUUGACAAUUAAGACACUGUUUAAUAUGCUCAAAUUGCAAUAAUACAUCUUUCUUUAAUAUUUAAAAUUAUUGAAAGCCUAAUCUUUAAACCCUAUUUACCAUUUAUGAAUGAAACUCAUUUUAAAUUAAGCUUGGUUGCUGAAUUUAUCAACAUCAUAAUCAGUUUCUCCGUCUUUACAGAUGGCAAAAUAAUUGCUUAAGAAGACAUAUUAUAUUUACUUUUAUUUACUGCUUUAUUUUCGUAUUAUUUAGGAGAAGUGUUUCAUGAGAGGAAAUCCAUUUAAGCCUACGAUUUAGAUAUCAAUUGUUUUUCUUGUAUUUCAUUAGCAUAAGAACUGUUUUUAUAAUGCGUUGCAAUGAAUAAACUAAUCUAUUAAUAGCAGUUCUUCUCUUUGUAUUUCUACUACAAAGCUCAUAAAGUUAAUUGUGCUAAAAAUUGGAAUAAGAAACAUAGAAAAAAUGAUAAUCAUAUUCAGUUGACAAAUUAAACUAUUUAUUGUAUGUUGCAAACUGAACUUGAAAAAGCAAAAAGCGAUACUAAAACUAUGUAUGAAGAACUUGAGUUAUUCUUUAUUAAUUAUGUAGCUGAAUACAUCAAUCGACCAUUGUUGGCAUAUGUAGAAUUAAAAAAGUAUGAAACUCUAACUAACUAGCAAUCAUACUUUUUUAUGGUAGUCAAAUAUCAAAUGAGUCAAUUUCUUCAAUAAUUAGUCAGAAAAUAGCAGAAUCUAAUUAAAUUGAAUAAAAAAUAAUUAAGCAUUUAAUCGAUACAUGAAACUUUGAAAUUCUAAGAAUCAUUUAUACCAAAGGUAAAGGAGAUAAUUUUGGAAAAAAUUAGUUUUUGGACCAAUCAGAUAAAAGGAUUUAAUAGUAUUUAUGAUAUUGAGAGAAUGGCUAUCUCCUAAAGUGCAAAAAUUUAAAUCUUGCAUGAAGAACUUUAAAGAUUUUGUAAAUUUGAUUUUCAUAAUUUGGAUAAACUAUCUUAGAUUUAUAACGUAUAAACUAUCAAAUUCAUAUCUAUGUUUUUCAGUGCAAUAAUGAAUGAUUAUUAUAGUACUUAAAUAUGUGAAUAAGUAAUUGCAGAAAUAUUUAAUAUUGAACAUACACAAUAGGAUGAUCUAAUAACAAAUAUUCUGUUAGUUGAAGAGAGAGCAGCAUUAGUUUAAAUUAGUAUGGUUAGAAAUAGAGGGAAAAUAGUGAAUUCAGAUAAAAGGUUAUUGGCCAAAUAUUUUGAUUUUGAAGAAUAAGAAUUUUAAUAAAUAGAUAAUAUAAGUGCUUUGAUGCCAUCAUUUUUUGCAGAAAAACACGAUAGAUUACUUUAGGAUUAUUUGUAGUCGGCGAAAUCUAUAUUUUUUGAUGACUAUAAGUUAGUAUUCGGAAUUUCUAGAGAAGGAUUUUUAGUACCAUAAUAAUUAAAAAUUGAUAAUGAUUUUUCACUUUUAGAUGAUUAUAUACUGAUGGGUUGCAUGUCAAAGGUUAAACAUUCAUCAGAUUUUGUUUUGUUUGGAGAGGAUGGUUAUCUGAUUGGAUGCACUUAAAAUUUUUAUGAGACGUUCUUCUAAUUCUAACAAUCGAUUACCAAAUUCACUUCUGAUAUGAUUUAUCAAAUAAGUAUUUGCAUGUUAUUUCCCAAUAUUUUUGAUUUGCUCAUUGAUUUAAGGAAUAAAUUGAAAAAUGAUUUAUAAUAUGGAUCACCUGAUAAUUAUUGUAAAAUUUGGAAAUUCUUCAAUUAAAAGGAUAUACUAGAGGAUGGAUACAAAUUAUAGCAAUCAUUGAAACAAUUUUCAACACAAAAUUAUGAAAAAUCCUAAAGUAUAUAAAAAUCAAGGACUAGUCAAACAUCAUUAGAUUUGAAUAAAACAAGACUCGUCCAAUUAUAACUUAUGGAAAAUUAUGAAAUGUAGAAUUCAAUGAAAAGCAUUUAAUAUCUACAUUAAUUACCAUUAUUUAAUGUUGUUGUUUAAACUUAAAUGGUUGAUAAUAUAAAAAGGUUUGAGGAAAAGUAGAAAUAAAGUUUUAUUAGUAAAGUUCAAUUGUAAUUUAGAAUAAUGGGAAAAAAGGAUUAAAGAAAGGCUUAUUUUAUAUUAGAAAUUUUAGACAUUAGAAAAACUGAUGAUAAUAAAACAAACGAAUCAAUUGCAAACAAUUAAUAUUCAAACAAUGCGUUUUCAACAAAUUACAACUAAUAAACCAAUAUGGAAAACAGUUAGUCUUAUAUUCAACCAAGUGAAAAUGGAUUGGAAGCACCGUCUGUAGCUGUAGAGGAGAUACGUCCAGAUGUUUCAAAGAUUAAUGAGGUUUCAUUAUUGAUCAAAAAGUAUGGGAGUAGACUGCCAGAAUUAUCUAAUUAUGAAGGGCAAUUGAUUGCCAUUGAAUCUGCAAGAGAUAGCAUGAGUUAUGCACCUAUUUCCCAAAGAAUUUAAUUUGUCAGUCCUUCCUCUAAGUAGUAAUAAUUACAGGGAUUAAUUGAAAAGGACUUUACGGAAUUAUAAAACCAACUUGAAUAUGGAAAUGGAGAUCCUAUUAUAAAUGAUAUUGAUGUUCCAGAAUCAUCACAAGUAAAAGGAAUAAGUAGCAAUAAUAAGAAAGAGAAUAGUCAUAAUCUUUUAUAACAAUUAUAAGAAAACUAGUUGUAAUAAAAGAAAAAUGAUUUUGAAGUGAGUGCAAAGAAAUCAAGAUCAAGUAAUACUUCUGGUACGUCUGGAAUAUCUGCAAUUCAAGUGAUUAAGAAAUUUCAAUCAAAGAGGGAUUUAACUCAAAGUUUAUAGGCAUUGUUAGCAAUCAAUAUUUUGAUUGUCCUGAUAAUUGCAAUAUAUAUCAUAAUCCAUUUAAUAAAUGUGAGUUCAUAUCAUGAUGAAUUAUUACAGACUCUAAUUAAUAUUCAAGCUCCUUUAUUAUUUAACAGAUAUUUCUUUAAGACUUUUUGUUAUAUAUGGAGUCUAGUCUUCAAUUCAUUGGAUAUAAUAAAUAGCAGUGAAUACAUAGUUAUUUAAACAUUAGAAGAGAUCCAAGUACUUGCAGACACAAUGCUUGGAAGUUUAAGGAGCAUGUAUGAUACAUUUAUUGGGAUUGAGUAUGAAGGAAUGUUAAGUAAAAUUAAUUUAGAUUUCUUAUAUCAAGAUAAUGAAGUAGUCACAUACACUUAUUUUAUCAAUUUUAUAUCAAAUAUUGCAGAUUUAUUAUUUUAGGCUCAAUAUCAUAGUUUUGAUGAUUUGGAAGACUUGAUUGACCAAAACUAUCUAGAUAAUCUAUUGACAUUAAGAUAUAACUUAAAGAAUGUGAAUUACAUGAAUGUUGAACUGCUGGAUUCAUUGAAUAUAUUAUUCUUUGAUUUAUAGUAGUCAAAGCUAACUGAAUACUAAUUACAAAUUAGUAUUGAGAUAAUAGUGCUAAGUUUGGUAAUGUUUGGUUAAAUUUAUUAUUGGAAUCAACUUGAAAAAUAUUGUCAAGCUAUCAUACUUUUAGCUGGAAGGUUGUAGGAGAAUUAAGCCUAAGAGCAAAUUAUCAGAUUCUCUUAUGUAAAUGAAACUUUGUAAACAUUUAUAGGGAAGUAAAGUUGGAAAUAGCAAAACUAUUACAAAUUAUUAUAUUCAUCUUUAAAUUAGUUGGGUUUAGAAUCUGUUUAUACUUAAUCUAGGAUAUUGAAGGAGUAUUAAUUGUAAUUGUCGAAUAAAAAUCCAUAGAAGUCAGAUAUAAAUAAUGAUGAAGGGUAGAAAAAAAUUAGAAAAAAUCAGAAUGUUGUAUUAAAUUCUAGAAUCACUAAUUCUGGAAUAUCAAUUAUAAAAGAGGUCUUCAUUAUAACAAUUACUUUCUUAAUUAUUCUUGGAUUUAUAAUUGGAGGUUAUUUUUUGUACAAUUCCCAAGCGAGUGAUUUAUAUCCUACCUAAUAAUUGACUUUAAGUUUUAUUAGAUUUACCUCUUAAUAAGAUAUUACAAUAAGCUGUGCUUUAGUAAUCAAAUCUUAACAAAUUUUAUAUAAUAAACUGAUAGAAAAGAAAUAUUAUACCGAUGCGUAGAUUUAGAGUUUUCAAGGUGCUGCAGAAAUUAUGACUAUCUUUUUGGAAUAUUAUGACUCCUAUUUUGAAAAUUUAACAAAUAUCUAUGAAUUCAUUUUAGAAUCGAAUAGAAUAAAUGGAGAUGAUGAAGCUGUUCUAUUUAACUUGUAUUCUGAAGAUUUUUGUAUCCUAUUGGCUGAUCUCAUUCCUUUUUGUGAAUAAGAUGCUAGUUCUUUUGAUGCUAAAUAUGGAACACCAAAUCCAGAUGAUGACAAUCGGGAAUUCCUAAGUUCUGGUAUUCAAGGAGUAGUGAGUCGUAUUGAUACAUUGUUUAAACAGCAAUUCAUUUAUGAGAUCGAGAACAAAGAUUACAGAGAUGAGCUCGAUAUUGUAUUAGAGCAAUUAAAUACUAAAGAAUUCAAUAAUGCAAUUUUUGAGCACUUUUUAGAUACAACUGAUGGUACUAACUUGUUUAUAGAUAACAUUAUGAUAAUCUUAAAGAAUGUAAUGGCAGAGGAUUUAGACGUGAUUUAUUCAUAUUACUUGGCAGCAGGGAUAUCUUUAAUAGUUAUUUAUAUUAUGGUCUUUGGAAUUUGGAUGUACUCCACAAAUUAAAGAUUAAUUUUGCUAAGAUUAGUAUUAACAAAUCUACCUAUAGAAACAUUGACAGAACCACAUACAUUAACAUUAUUAAAGAAAUUAAAAUGA